AUGUCCUGUCGCACGAGGAGCUGCGAGAAUUCUGCCAAGUAUGCGCAGAAUAUGUACUGCAAAUGCAAAAUUUACAACCAGGAGCCAUCCCAUCCUCGAUGUGGGGUUGGCGAGAUCGAUUACCUGAAGGACCUCAAGCUAUGUCAUUGCAUCAAAGAUUUACCAUAUCCUCGCGCAUUUCCUGUAAAGUGCUGCAAUCCCGUUGUGAAAAAGACAAAAAUAAAGGAAAAAUACCGGGAUGGUGAACUGGAGCGUCAGACAGAAGAGCGAUAUGUUGCCGAGUAUUGUUCGAGCAAAAAGGAAUGUGUUGAACUGAGGUAUCCUCCCAAAAAGCUUCCAAGAUCGUCCACACUUCCAAAGUACCUUCGAACUGAUGACUGUAAAUCGGAGAACUGCGAUCCUCCUACCACCUACUAUCAACCUGCCAGGCGGAAUCUCCAAGGCUUUCUUUGUGUGUCAGGAGCCAUUAACCGCUGGAAAGAGAUCACUUGUCAAAAGGUGAGGCGUGAUAUGAUUAGCUGGUUGGUGGGAGGCGAGUCCUCCUCACCACGAUCUCCCGUCUCAAAGUUGAGGCGAGUGGAAGACGAGGAGGGAUGCAAGAAGCUAUUCUAA